AUGGCAAAAAAUGAAGCUGAAUUUGCAUUUAAGAAGACAGCUCCUGUUGGAAAUCCAUCCCAGCAUAAACAGCAGCUUGAUCAAACAAGCUCUAGUAGAAUUAGAUUGAGAAAUGAUGAUACUUGUUGCACUAUCAGACAAGAAUAA